AUGACUACAUCCUGUACUUCGACUAGUACAAUCACCAGCACUGUCACCCCAAGCACAACCUCGACCGUCACGGACACUACCACUGUCACAUCCACAGCUGCGACGUCGACCAUGACUGCAACUACAGUAUCGACUGAAGUCUUGACGGAGACCUCUGUCACCACCACGGUAUCAACAACAACCACGACUACCACUACAUCCACUGACUCCACGAGCGUGGUUCCAACCGCCUCUGGUUUCGUGCCUGUAGCCACCUCCGUUCCUGGCGCAUCCUUUGACCUAGACGGACCUGUCAAGAGAGGAGUCGAGGUAGAUGAGAAUGAGAAGAGAGGUAUCUCUUUGUCGAGGGGAAACUUCAACAUUACUCAAUUUACCCGUGGCGGCCGUGGCGAUGUCUCGUGCAUAGAAUAUCACAGCCUGUGCUCUACCACCACAAGCACGGCAACGAAAACGGCACCCACAACAACAUUCAGUACCACCGUCACUAGUACAUCGACUAUUACGACAACACCAGGGGCAACCACUACAGUGACAGACAUCGUUACCUCAGUAACGACGACAGUUAUAACCACGACCUCGAUUGCCACCACCAGCACUGUGGCCACCUCCUUCACAUCAACCUUCACAUCCUAUGCGGCCUGCGCGACCAACAACCAGGCUAAUUUUGUGAAUGGAAACGCAGUCAGCGGUUUUGCGGGUAACGGGAGCCCCCUCAGCGUUGAUGCCGACUCUGAGACCGAAUGCUGUAUUGCAGCGAUCAAUCAACCAAACGUUGCGUUGUGGGCGUGGGUCUUUGAGAGUCAAUCGUGUUUGGUAUCAGUCGCAACAACAUGCCCGUUACCCGCAGGGAACGAAAUCGAAACGACCAGUGAUCCUACGGCUAACCCACAAUUUGGUGUGGGAAAUGCUAACUGUGGAACUUGGGACAGCGUCGUGGUCCAGUAG